AGGGCGGCGGCCGGGCCGUUGAGUGACUUCCGCGCCGUCUCUCGGGCAGCUGCAGGGCCUGCGCACCAUGUUGGGCUCCGGGUUCAAGGCCGAGCGCCUGCGAGUGAACCUCCGCCUCGUCAUCAACCGCCUGAAGCUGCUGGAGAAGAAGAAAACUGAGCUCGCCCAGAAGGCGCGGAAAGAGAUCGCGGACUAUCUGGCUGCCGGCAAGGACGAGCGGGCUCGUAUCCGCGUGGAGCACAUCAUCCGCGAGGACUACUUGGUGGAGGCCAUGGAGAUCCUGGAGCUCUACUGCGACCUGCUUCUGUCGCGCUUCGGCCUCAUUCAGUCUAUGAAAGAGCUGGACUCUGGACUGGCAGAAGCUGUCUCCACCCUUAUUUGGGCUGCUCCCCGGCUUCAGUCUGAAGUAGCUGAGCUGAAGAUUGUCGCAGACCAACUCUGUGCCAAGUAUAGCAAGGAAUAUGGCAAGCUAUGUAGGAGUAACCAAAUUGGCACUGUCAAUGACCGGCUGAUGCACAAACUCAGUGUAGAGGCACCUCCCAAAAUCCUUGUGGAGAGGUACCUCAUUGAGAUUGCAAAGAACUACAAUGUGCCCUAUGAGCCAGACUCUGUGGUUAUGGCUGAAGCUCCUGCUGGUGUGGAAGCAAACUUAAUUGAUGUGGGAUUCGUGGACGAAGCAAAGAAAGGUGGGCGAGGAGGUGGCGGCGGCGGCGGCUUCAUGGCCCCUUUGACUGGCCCUGAUGGGGUUGUCCCGAUGCCUAUGCCGAUGCCAUCUCCCACUCCCCCGUUCUCAUACCCACCUCCUAAAGGACCGGAGAAUUUCAAUGGCCUGCCUGUGGGGACAUACCAGCCUUUCACCGGCCUUCAUCCCCCUCAGAUUCCAGCCACACCUCCGACAUACGAGUCGAUUGAUGACAUCAGCACUGACAAGGAAGUCUCAUCCUCCCACGUGGCUGGGCCUGGGUUGAAGCCAGACGGUGUGGCACAAGCGCCCACAGGACCAUCCAGCUCACAUGAUAAUUUUGUGCUGCCUGAGCUGCCCUCGGUUCCAGACACGCUGCCUGCUGCCUCUAGCACUUCUGCAUCAGAAGACAUUGACUUUGAUGAUCUCUCGCGAAGGUUUGAGGAGCUGAAGAAGAAAACCUAAGAAAGAGGAGCCUGGAAGGGGGUCGGCCGGCCUGCCUGGCUUGCUGCUUCCCCCGUUAGCAUGGAGAAAGGAGCACAUGGCCACACAUGCUCUCUCUCUCUCCUUUUUCCUCCUGGCCUUUCUUUCUGCUGUCCUUACACCAAAUGCCGCUGCUUUUCUGAUGUCCUCUGCUCCUGGAGGGAAACCGUGGAGCCUUUUUGUGAUGGGAGCAUCUGGGGCGAUCUUUUAGCGAAGCUGUGCUUCCUGCGUAGAGCAUUGGAGGGGCAUGGGCUUGCUAUGUGCAGCGCCCCCCCCCCCCGGUUCUGGAAAAAGUUGGGGGGCCGGGCACAGCUUCAAAGGUUCAGGACAAAGUUGUGUGACAAAGCCAGCUCUUCACAGGGGCUGCUGUUGGUCCUAGUUUGCUUUGUUUUGCCUGCUACGUUCUCAGGGAGCCCUCCGGGGCCUUCAUUCCUUUUAUCUUUGAGGUGGAGAACAAUGACAAAAUGUAGGACUGGUGUGGGAAGCGAGACUGUGCCGAGGUUCUGGUUGGCUCAAUGGCCUGCCUACCUGCAGCUGUUGGAGAAAUAGGACCUCUUUCCCUCCUGUAAGGCCCCCUGUCUGCUUUAUGCAGGCCUGGCCCCAUAGCGGCUCUGCCCUAGCUGGGCUUGGAGCCUUGCGCUUGCCUUGUGCAUAACUCGCGCCUCUUUGGUCAUUCAUCUGCCUUACUGACCAAAGCUACUUCAGGCAGCUGCCACUUCACCUCCUGCAAUGGACCAGUGUGGCAGCAGGAGGCAGCCUCUGCUCUCCUUCGUGACAUCUGUCUAAUACUUUCAGCGGCUUUUCUUAGGUUGGUGGGUUUGUACCUUCUCUAGUAACUCAAUAAAAAGUCUCUGGGGGCAGCUGCAGGGGUCACAUACCCCAUCUUGGUUUAUUUUGGUUUAUUGGGGGGGGGUAUUGAAGCAGAGGCAGCAGUAAGUGUGCUAAUUAAGGGGGCUGGAUUCCUGUCUCCUCCCCACCCACCCCACGAUAUGGGUGCAGGUGCCAAACAGCUUAUUUCCUGUUCUCUGUAGUGCCUCUUAGCGUACCUAACACUGAGCUUAAUAUUUGAAGAGUUAAGGGGAAAAUGUCACCUCCCAGUUGCUUCAUCCCUGCUCAAAUUGCGUAACUCCAGUGCUGCUUGCUGGGGUGAGGGGGAAGCCCAUGAACGAAAGGAACAGUCAGAGGUUAGCCUUUUAUUUUGGAUGCCAGGCAGUGCUUCCGUAAGGUCUGUAACAGUGUCCAGUCAGCUGAAAAUACGGGACAUUAGUCGAAACGUUGGAGGAUGGUCAUCCUUUCCUUGUCUGUCACUUAACCACCUUUUUGUCUCGUAGUCCCAGCUCCUGGCUGUGAGAGGUUUGUUUUAUUUGGUAAAGAAACGUGUGCCACUUUCCUCGACGCCCGCUUCGUCGCCAUUUUGCAACAUAUAAAAUCCUAGAGAAAAGAAACUCCCGUUUCCACAGUUACAUGGAGUGCGGGCUGGUGUCUCCCGUUCCCAGCUCGCGACGAGGAGGGGGACGGCGCCUUUUGCAGCUUGGCUGUUUUUUGGGGAGUGGACCGGACUGCUGCCUCAAAGGUCGGAGCAGAGUAGAAGCUGUGGUGGGUUCUUGUUACAAGGGAAGUGAAACUUCCCUGUGACGUUACUAAGGCACUGCAAGGAGAAUCCAGGCAGUGUGGGAAGAGGCAUCUUUUCUGCCUGGUGUGACACUGGCCAACCCCAAGCUGCUUAGUGAGAGAAAAGCUGCUCCCCUAUCCAGCAGAGCUUUUUUUAAAAAACGAAGUUGUGUUUUUCAGUGAGGCCUUGAAGCCGAGCUCCUUGCAGCGUCUGUGCUGAGCUGUCCCGGGGGCGGGAGCCAGUCCUGUGCAGCUUCAUCCUGGGCAGGUACUGGGACCCACCGCUUGAUUCCAAAUAAAAUGGAGAUCUUUAGUUGAA